AUAAGGAUUAAUUAUAUUCUGAUUCAGCGAGUUUGGAAUCUAGAAUGCUACUGUGUGUAACUAAUGCGAUAUCUAAACCGAAAAGAAGUACAUAUAACAGAUCUGCUGAAGUGAGCCGUCGGUGCUCCACUGCUAGACUAUUCCAGGUUCAUUCAAUGCUGCCGCAUUAAGAGUCGUUAUCACUGGUUAGAAGAACGUUCUUUGGAAUAUAAUUAAUGCGAAGGUAGCUAGGUUAUUUGUGUUUCAGUUUUUUACUGCAACAUCGUCAGACUAUGAGACAUAACCUACGUUUCCACCAGUAGGUCCAGACGCGCAAGAGUGACUUAUAAAGCAAAUAUAAUAUCAAAAAAAAAAUGGGCCAGUCAGAGAGCGGACACUUUCAUGUUGCUUCGAGGGACUUUAAACCCAGAUCAGACUCAUGCUCAGGUCUGCGUUCAGCUGUUCCUCUAGCUGUGGUUGAGGAGAUCCUUCAGGUGGUGCGAGUCUGUCGUCUGGUGUGUCAUGAGUGGAAGGAGCUGGUGGACAGUGCUGCACACUGGAGAGAGCGCUGUCGGAGAGAGGGGAUCCAGCCACAAGAUGUUUCCAGACCACCAGUCAACUGGCGCCAGUUUUACUUCUUAACCAAGAAACGAUGUAACUUGCUCAAGAAUCCCAGAGCAGAAGAGGAGUUCAGUGGAUGGAAGAUUGUACAGAAUGGUGGUGACUGCUGGACAGUAGAAGAUAAUUCUGUAGAAAUCCCAAAUUUCACAGUCGCAAAAUACUUUGUCACCUCUUACUGGUUAUGUAUGAAGCAACAGCUGAUUGAUUUGAAGAAAGAAGGCUACAGCGCUGCUUUCAUGGAUCAACUACAACCUCAUAUCAAAAUAUCUGACUGGUACGCCCCGCGCUGCGAUUGUGGGAGCAUGUAUCAGAUCUGUGUAGAGUUGCUUGAUCAGAAGAAGAAACCCAUCAAUACCUUUGAGCCUGAACCAGUUUUCUUUCCACAGUGGAACGAUCAGCAGUGGUGUGAAGGGACCUCGUCACAAGCAAAGUAAUCCUUCAGUGGUGCUAAAAGAUGUCUUAUGACAGGGACGCUCCAGGACUUCCCCA